AUGUCGCUUACCGCCGUAGCAUCGGCCAUUCUUCCACCGGCCCACUUACUCACUUACUCCGCUUUGAUUGGGACGGAACUGUAUCAGACCUUCAUAGUAACGAAGAUUACCUACAGAGCGCUACCUAGGCCGGCAUUUGUGGGUUUGCAAAAGAAACUCUUCCCAGCCUACUUCAAUGCCCAAUACCUGCUUUUGCUCGCCGUCGCGCUGACACGUCCACCUUAUGGACCAUUCUCAUCGUUCGGAGAAAUGGCCAGCUUCAUUCCUUUUGCAAUAGCCGGAGUGACUGCAGGAUUAAACUUGACCCUGUAUGGGCCUCGGUCUAGGGCUUUGAUGAUUGAGAAGGCAACUCAAGGUACGUGGAGCUCCUGUGUGAUUCCAACACGCGAUUCAAAGAGUGAGGAAAUGCUAGUGUUGAAUAGGGCGUUUUCUCGUGCGCAUGCGAUGAGCAUUCAUCUAAAUCUGAUAACAAUUGGCGCAACGCUUUGGUAUGGUUGGCAGCUGGCUUCAAAGCUGCAAUUUUAG